GCGCACACAUAACACACUCGGCCACGCGCGCGCCGUCCGGCCCCACUUGCGCAGCGCGGUUCUGCGCGGGCCGCAUUGUCCGCCAAUCCGCCGUCCGCAGUUCCCCGCGCGCCCCGGGUCCCUGCGCCGACCGCACCUCCCCGGAUUCCGACGCGGUAAGAGGGUGCGCCCGAGAGGCGCGGCUGGCCUCGAACGUCCCCGGUCCCGCACGGAGCAGCGGCGGCAGCAGACUCUUCAGGGGAAGGGUCCCCCGCCCACCUCAUCAUGUCUCGAAGAAGCCAGCGCCUCACACGCUACUCCCAGGGUGACGAUGACGGCAGCAGCAGCAGUGGGGGGAGCUCGGUGAUGGGCAGUCAGAGCACCCUGUUUAAAGACAGCCCUCUCAGGACCCUGAAGAAGAAAUCCGGCAACAUGAAGCGCCUCUCCCCAGCGCCACAGCUGGGCCCCUCCUCCGACAGGCACACCUCCUACUACAGCGAGUCUGUGGUCAGGGAGUCCUACUUUGGCAGCCCCCGGGCCGCCUCCAUCGCCGCCUCUCUCACCAGGAACUCCAUUCUCGACGACCAGCUGCGUGGUGACCCCUUCUGGAGUGAGGACCUGCGGGUGAGGAGGAGAGACACAGGUGGCACUGAGAGCAGCAAAGUCAACGGGCUCCCGGAGAACAAGCUGUCCGAGGACUUCCUCGGGUCGUCCUCGGGCUACUCUUCCGAGGAUGACUACGUAGGCUACUCGGAGACGGACCAGCAGGGUUCAGGGUCGCGGCUGUGGAACGCUGUCUCUCGGGCGGGCUCUCUUUUCUGGAUGGUGUUCGCUUCUCCAGGCCGGCUCUUCGGACUCCUCUACUGGUGGAUUGGCACCACCUGGUACCGCCUGACGACAGCUGCCUCCCUCCUCGACGUCUUCGUUUUAACCAGGCGCUUCUCAUCACUGAAGACGUUCCUGUGGUUCCUCUUGCUGCUGCUGCUUCUGACCGGCCUGACCUAUGGCGCAUGGUAUUGCUACCCCUUCGGGCUGCAGACGUUCCACCCCGCCGUGGCUUCCUGGUGGGCCUCGAAGGGCAGCAGUGGGCAGCGUGCGGUAUGGGGUUCCAGAGACUCAUCCCCACAUUUCCAGGCUGAGCAGCGCAUUCUGUCCCGGGUACACUCUCUGGAGCGGCGCCUGGAAGCUCUUGCUGCCGAAUUUUCCUCCAGCUGGCAGAAGGAGGCCAUGCGGCUGGAACGCUUGGAGCUGCGGCAGGGGGCUGGAGGGCAGGGGGGCAGCGGCAGCCUGAGCCACGAGGACACCCUGGCGCUCCUGGAGGGGCUGGUGAGCCGCCGCGAGGCUGCCCUGAAGGAGGACUUCCGCAGGGACACCGCUGCUCAGAUCCAGGAAGAACUGGUCACCCUGAGAGCAGAGCAUCAACAGGACUCAGAAGACCUCUUCAAGAAGAUUGUCCAGGCCUCGCAGGAGUCUGAGGCUCGACUCCAGGAGCUGAAGUCUGAGUGGCAAAGGAUGACCCAGGAGUCCUUUCGGGAGAGUUCCAUGAAGGAGCUGGGGCGGCUGGGGGUUCAGCUGGAAGGCCUGCGGCAGGAACUGGCAGCCCUGACCCUGAAGCAGAGCUCGGUGGAGGACCAAGUGGGCCUGCUGCCCCAGCAGCUCCAGGCUGUGCGGGACGAUGUGGAGUCUCAGUUCCCUGCCUGGGUCAGUCAGUUCCUUCUUCGAAGUGGGGGAAGCCGCACUGGGCUCCUUCAGCGAGAGGAGAUGCAAGCUCAGCUGCAGGAGCUGGAGAGCAAGAUCCUCGCCCACGUGGCCGAGAUGCAGGGCAAGUCAGCGAGGGAGGCCGUGGCCAGCCUGGGGCUGACACUGCAGAAGGAGGGCGUGAUUGGGGUGACAGAGGAGCAGGUGCACCGCAUUGUAAACCAGGCUCUGAAGCGCUACAGCGAGGACCGCAUCGGGAUGGUGGACUACGCUCUGGAAUCGGGAGGGGCCAGCGUUAUCAGUACCCGAUGUUCCGAGACCUACGAGACCAAGACGGCCCUCCUCAGCCUCUUCGGCAUCCCCCUGUGGUACCAAUCCCAGUCUCCUCGAGUCAUUCUCCAGCCAGACGUGCACCCAGGCAACUGCUGGGCCUUCCAGGGGCCCCAGGGCUUUGCUGUGGUUCGCCUUUCUGCCCGCAUCCGCCCCACUGCUGUCACCUUAGAGCAUGUGCCCAAAUCCUUGUCACCCAACAGCACCAUCUCCAGCGCCCCCAAGGACUUUGCCGUCUUUGGUUUCGAUGAAGACCUGCAGCAGGAGGGGAUGCUCCUUGGCCAGUUCACCUACGACCAGGAUGGGGAGCCCAUUCAGACGUUCUAUUUUCAGGGCCCUAAAAUGGCCACGUACCAGGUGGUGGAGCUGCGGAUCUUGACUAACUGGGGCCACCCCGAGUACACCUGCAUCUACCGCUUCAGGGUGCAUGGGGAACCCACCCACUAGGCCUUGUCUGUGCCGCCGCCGCCGCCCGCGGGGAGGCCAGCUCCUCUCGGCACGUGCCCCCUGCUCUGGGGGUGGCUGCGCAGCACCCCCGCCUCUGCCCCCGCACGCUUGAAGCGCACUGGCUUCCGGGAGCGGGCAAGAAGAGCCCCUGGCCCAGCGGAGGUGAGGAGGAGCGCGC